CAAAAUGAAAAAUUGCUUUUUAAGACAAUUGGGUUGUGGGAUUUUGGUUAAAAACGUUAUAUUCAUCAUUAAAACAGUACUGGGAACUUUUUUUGUUUGUUUUUGUAAUAAAAAAAUCUUCAUACAAAAUAUGAUCUCUAAGGUCCAUGACUUUAUUACAUACAGUAACAAUGGUGCUAAAACACUUUUAUCUGAUGCUCUAAUCCCUACAAUAACUUUCUGUAAUUUAAUCUGACCUCCACAUUCUGGGUCCCCCUCCCAUUAUCUUUUUGUCCAACAGAAAUGUAUACACUCAUAAUUAAUAAAAAAAAAUGGUAAUGUAUUGGCUGUGAGUCAGCAGAGAUGGAAGCUGAACUGGAACUUGUUGCUGAUUUAGAGUGUAUGAUAACUGAAUGAAAGACUGGGGGUUGCUUUUAUCAUCUUAUGAUAUUAUUUUCUAUCGUUUAGACCAAAUUUGUUACAAAACAAUUUAAAUCAUUCCGCUGUUAUCAAUCAAAAGCGGUAAUGUAAAGACAGUCUUCAGAUUUCCUAUUGUAUGUGAACGCGGCGUGGUGUGGUGCCGUAACUACGCAUGCGUAGAGUCCCGGCGUUCAAACGCUCUGAACUCCCAGCACGGAGCCCGCUCCCGUCUGCAGGGAGAAGGCCACGUUCAUUCUUCGGUCAUGCUGCAGAUGGAUGAUGGACCGUCGUCUUGCUCAGAUGACGACUCUGUGAGUUUACUGCAUGAUCUCAGUGCCUGCCAUGUCACGGACGCCGCUGUGGACCAGACUACACUCUCGGGUUCACACGUUCCCCUCACAUGUACACAAACCAAUACAGAGAGAAACCCAAAAGAGCUCAAAGCUCAUCAGAAGGAAGAGGCUGGCAGGAGAAAGCAGCCUGAGGCUGACUUUGAAGAGUCAGCAGAAUUCGAAAAGGUCUGUAAACCUUUGAAAGCCUUCAACCAUCGUACGCUCCACAAGAGAGACAGCAUGGGGGAGACGCUGCUUCACAAAGCAUCCAAGAAGAACAACGUGGCUGACGUCCGGACGCUCAUCCAGGCGGGGAUAAGUGUGGACGUGGAGGAUUAUGCAGGCUGGACAGCGUUGCACGAAGCUGCUGCCAGGGGCCAUGUGACGGUGGUGAAGGAGCUCCUGAAGGCGGGGGCCAAUAGCAACGCCAGGUGUAGAGGCGUGACGCCGCUGCACGAUGCCGUCUGUGCUGGCCACCAUCAGGUGGUGAAGCUCCUCCUUGAGAGUGGAUCCAACCCCUGUGACAGGAAUGCUGGCGGCAUCAGUGCUUUGGAGAUGACUAAAAAUGAGGAGAUGAAGGAGUUGCUGCUGACCGUCACAGCUGCUGCUGCACAAAAGGAGGGAACUCAGAGGACACGGCACAUUGGACCAGGAUUGGUACAGAUCCUUUGUGACGGUUCUGGAGUCUGUGAUGCGGGGCAUGACCAGUCUCUCAAAGCACUUGUCGACUAUGGAGGCGCUGCAUCCUCAGCACCGCGCUGCUCUGACCCAACUCACACGUGGGUCAGAGAAGCAGGUGAUGGCCCAAGCAACCUUCACCUGAUGAAGAGCAUGGAUCCUAAUUUGAGUAAUUCAGUUGGCAGAAGAGCCGCUCUGGAAAAGCUAAAGGGGAAACAAACGGAAAUGUCCGCCUGGCCUUUGAUGGAGGUCAACAGUGUUGACAGGUUUCUGGCAGCUUUGGUGCAGAUUCAGUCUGUGCUGAAGGACAUCCUCAGCAAGCAGCGACUGGAGAAAGACUCCCUGUACAGAAGAUUUCAAAAAGUAUCCAACUCCUUUCGGCACCGCGUGCUAAGAACUCAUCUUCUGUCCUUGGCAUCAUGUCAGAAGUCUUUGGUGGAGGUUCUGCAGACGCAGUCGCAUCUGGAAGAGACUUUAGUUGCUGCAAGACUUGCACUUCAAGCUCCCUCUUCAACAGUUCAGUGCAGCUCUGUUACCAGAGAGAAGAUGCAUCACACAACUGGAGAACCUGCCAAGGAAACAGGCGGCUCCUAUCAAGUUAGAGAACAGGAUGAGAGGAGUGGACCUUUGAAGUGUCUGUUGAAAGGCCCUCCCCGACAGGACCUGCAGUCAGACAGAAGUAGUAUCUUUCAGAAAAGUCAACCAGCAGAAACAUCCCUGCAGCAGGUCAAAAUGAAAGGACAGAACGCACUGAUACAGAGCAGACACCUCCGUCUGCUCGUACAGGGGGGGGCACUGGCACCUGGAAGUGCUCUGCAGCUUCUUUGGAAGCACAGGGAAACGCUCGCCUUCAUGUCUGUCCUUCUGCAGGGGAAACUUCACUGUGCACAUGUGAUGGUGGACGGUUCCAUGAUGAGUGAAGGGAAGGUUUUCCAGGCUCCAGAACGCUGGCUAGAGUGGAUCAUUGGGAACAACAUUCCUGUGGGCUCAGGAUAUGCUCUGGACAAGGUGACCUUCAGAGACGUGCCUCUGUCGCAGCUUUUACUGAACAUGGAGGCUGACAAAAAACGCUCACACACUGAAGACAGCAGUCAACACAGCAUGGAUGUGUCUGCUCGGCCCCCCCACGCUGCUGCAGGAAGUCUGAGCUUCCUACUGAACAUCAGAACCGUUCAUUUGAUGGCUGACGAGGAAUUUAUGCCAAGCACCAUGAUGGACCACUUCUGGGACCAACUCCUGCAGAAAGACUUUCCAGAGUCUGACAACUGGAAUGCCCUGACUUAAGUCUGCACUCAAGAGAGUUAGCUGCAGGCAAGUUCUGAGUCGCUUCAGUUGCCUUUGUUCUCAGUGUGUCUACAUGACGGCGUUAACUUGGUCAGCUGCAGGCGCCAAGACCAAAUCUGUCAUGAGAAACCAGAGCUGGUUUUAGAACAGCAGGUCUGAACUCUGGAAUCAAACCAGAUCUACUUCUGUUAAUCUGGCAUUCAUUAUAGUCAGAAGAUGAUUUUCCUUUUAAUAAAACCUGUUGGUGUUUCAGGUCCUUCAGAAAAAAAUCAUCUCAGUGGGAGGCACUUCUGCCUGACCCAUUCCCAUUCAGUGGCUGAUUUUUACAUGAACAGUUUCAGACGUUUGUAUGACUGAGUUUAAUCUCACUUUAAAGUUUCAUGUUAAGAUAUUAGUAGGAGUAUUUUGAUGACUCUUUCAGCAGAGUAUUUCUAGAAGGAAGAGAAGAAUUACUAAUAAUAUUCCCUCACCCUCUUCUUUUAGAAAGGAUGAAUUCAGACAUUCACCUGUUUUUCUGAGUUUCCUGCUCUGUCUCUCCUUUAGAAAAACUGUUUCUCACCUCUGGGUCUGAUAAGUUAACUGUUAGUAGGAAUGUAGGCAAUAUCUCUGCCCUCCUGGGCUUCCCCCCCCCUUGCAGUCGUCCUUAUGAGAGAAUCUGUCUUCAUACUGCAGGAUCUCUCUGUCAUCUCUCAUGUUUUUGCCUUUUGUGUCACAGUUCUGCAGUAAUGUAACAUUUAGAAUAUAACAAUGUGAAUAAAUAAUUGAAUAUGUUGUUAGUCUGACAUCA